AUGGAGUUCCUUCUCUUCUUCUUUGGCUUUCUACUAUUGCUCCAUCUCUUCAAGAAUGUGUUGCUGUCAAGCAAGAGGCUGCCCCCAUCUCCAUGGGGCUUGCCACUCAUUGGUCACCUCCAUCUCAUUGGAAGAAUGCCUCACCAUUCAUUGCAAAAGCUGUCCAGGAAGUUUGGAGAGAUCAUGUAUCUCAAACUGGGGAUGAUCCCAGCAAUUGUGAUUUCCAGUCCAGAUCUAGCAAAACAAAUGUUCAAGACUGGAGACACAACUUUUAGUUUCAGGCCAUACUUGUUGGUUGGAGAGCACAGUGGGUACAAUUUCAAGGGAAUAGCUUUGGCUAAUGGUGAUCACUGGAAGAGCAUGAGAAAGAUCUGCACCACCGAGCUCUUCACAGUCAAACGCAUUGACUCUUUCUUGUGGGUUAGAAUGAAGGAGCUUUCUUACUUGGUAUCAUCACUCGCUCAAGCUUGCAAUGACCAAAGUAUUGUAGAUGUGAGAGAGCACCUCACGGUCCUCACAUUCAACGUACAAACUCGGAUCCUCAUGAGCAAGAGGUUUUUCGGUGAGAACUUGAGUGACGACGAGCUAGCAGAAGCCAGAGUAUUCAAGGAACUGAUUGAUGAGUCAGUCCAGUUUGCUUUCCAGUUCCAUAUAAGUGAGUUUGUGCCCUCUUGGCUCAAAUGGAUUGACUGGAACAUACCACAGGCCAAAAGAGUUGCUGCCAAGCAGGACGAAUUCCUCCAGAAGAUCAUGGACGAACACAAAGCCAAAAAAUCCAGUCCCACAAAGGAUUUCAUGGAUAUUUUGCUUGAGCACAGAGGAGAUGACCAAGAAGUUGUCAAAGCCACCUUGAUGGAAAUCUUGGCAGCAGGAACAGACACAAGUGCAUGCACAGUAGAGUGGGCUUUGCUGGAACUUCUCAACAAUCCAGAGAUCAUGAAGAAAGCACAAGAAGAACUUGAUGUUGUCGUGGGCGGAGGUCGCACUGUUUUAGAGUCUGAUUUCCCAAAGCUGACAUAUCUUGAGGCCAUGAUCAAGGAAACUUUCAGGAUUCACCCUCCAACGCCAUUGCUGGUGCCAAGGAUGUCAACGCAAGCUUGUGCCUUGGGUCAAUCAUUCCACAUUCCUAAAGGUGCCACCACCAUUGUCAACUAUUACUCGAUUGGCCGAGAUCCAGAGGUUUGGGAGAAUCCAGCUAAGUUUUGGCCCGAAAGAUUUCUGGGGUUGGCAAUUGAUGUGAAAGGCCACAACUUUGAGCUGAUUCCAUUUGGAGCUGGGAGAAGAAUAUGCCCAGGCAUGUCACUCGGCCUCAAAACUGUUUAUCUCACUCUUGGAAACUUGCUCCACGGUUUUGACUGGCAUCGUCUUCCUGGGAAAAACUAUGGUGUUGAUGAGACUUUUGGAGCAGUAACCUGGCCAAAGUCAUCAUUGCAAGUUCGUGUAACUCGACGGCUAGCAAAUACAAAUACUCAGUAA